UAACUUCUGACGUCAUAAUUCUCCUUAAGUACUGAAUUAGAUCUAUACUGUUUAUGUUGUUAUUAACGUUAUAAGUUGGUAGAGAAGUGCGGCCGGAGGACCUCGACCACCACUGUUGGUUCUCUGCGGGAGCUCCCCGCCCUCCAUACUUUGAGCUUGUGAAGAAUGUCAAGACCUGCUAGAGCUGCUCCGCCUCCCCCACCAGUCCGGAAAGGGCAGGUGCAGGCGUUUGAGGCCAUGUCGAAUUACAGAGCUCAGCGGGACUGUGAAUUGUCCUUUGAGGAGGGCGACGUUCUUUUUAUAUUGGACCGAAGUAACCCAAACUGGUGGCUGGCAACUCUUGAAAACAAGAAGGGCUAUAUUCCUAGUAAUUAUGUUAGUAGUGACAAUGCAAAGGUACCUAUUAUUGAUGCUGCAAGACGUGGGAAUUUGGCUUUAUUAGAGGAAUGUCUAGCAGCUGGUGUGUCGGUCAAUGCCCUAGACAAGUCUGGCUCAUCGUCUCUACAUGCUGCAGCACAAGGUGGACAUAGAGAAUGUGUUUUAAGACUGCUUAAGGAACCAAAGCUUGAAAUUGACCUACAGAACAAACUUGGAGACACACCUCUACAUUGUGCUGCAUACAGAGGACAUGGAGAAGUGGUGCAGUUGCUGUUAAAACAUGGAGCAAAUAAGGAAAUUGUCAACAGGGAUCAGUACACUCCAAGGACCCUUGCAAAGAGGGGGACUAUUAUUACUCUUUUAGAUGAGGAUAGCCAAACUAGUGAUAGAAAAUCUUCAGGCUUUGAUGACAAGGAAUAUGGUGCAAAUGCUUCUGAAGAUUCUGACGAUUGAUUUGCAAUUUGCAAAAUGUAGCUGUGCCUUAUAUAUCGGCAUUAAUUUUAUAUGAAUUUUACAUUCAAUGUAAUUCAUAAAGAAAAGUGCAUAGAUGUUUUAUAGGUGGCUUUUUGGUUUGGCUCAAAUGUCGUUGACAAUUUUUGGUAUGGUACGUCUCCACUCCUCAUUGCUAUUUUUCUUGACCCAUUCCUCUCUGUAUGUAUUCUUCCUUUUUUCAUUUAUUUGCUUGUAUACACUUCCUCAAUCAUUCAUUCUUUCCAUAUAUUUUUGUUUCUCAAUGUAAGUAAAUAGCAACUUCAAAUGUUGCUCACUUGAGGGCAGAUUACAAUGUUUGGUGAAAAAUCUGCAAUGUGCCAUAAACGUAUCUAAAAAAAAAAAACUGAUUUCAAAGUCAAAGUAUGUUUGCUUACUGCCUUACUUUAAUCUGGAACAGUGACCCUUAACGUGUCAUUGGAAAAUGAUAAAAUACUAAAAUGUUGUAAUUUUCAUGUACCCUGUACUGUGUAACUUACUGCAUUCUAAUUAAACAGAUUAAAAUGUACAAAAGGUGUAUGAAAUAUUUUACAAAAUUAUUUUCAAGUUACCAAGCUAACUUGGAGGAGAGGAGAAUAAUACCAUAAAUGAGCAAUAUAUUGCCAUGGCCUUAUGUACAUAAUAUUUUAUAUCUUGUGUUGAAACACUUCAUUCCUUAGUACCAAAUGCUAUAAAUUUUAUUGUGACAUGUAUAGGUAUGUAUGCACAUGUGUAUGUAUAUAUGUAUAUUAUAAUAUACAUAUAUACAGUACAUAUAUAAUAUAAAAGUAAAUAAAUGAGUAGAUGUUAUAUAUAAUACUAUAUUUUAAUAUAAAUUUUUUAGCCGACAUGCUAUCAUUAAAUUAUUUUGUGAAGAGUGUUGACUCGUGCCAAAGUGGUACAGUAUACGGUCCGUUGUUAAUGCCUUAACUAUAACACUUAAACAUUUACAAUAAAGGAAAACAGUCCUGCCCUCUGUAGCCAUUAGAUUGGUUGAGUCCAAAUUCAACUUGGUGUACACUGAGUUUAGAUUUGCUGUUUUCUUAGACUGUACUUAGUUUUGUUUUGCAAAUAAUAAGGUGUGUUUGAAUCAUUUGUUUUGGCAAUUAUAUUAUGUAAUAAGAAUAUACAUCACCUGAAAAUUACUAUAAUAUAUGUAGUGUCAUUUAGUGUCUCCCUCUAAAUGACUGACCAAAUUCACCCACCGGACUCUUCUGAAAUUGUGAAAACAUAUCCAGAAUCUAGCGGGAGACAUUGUUAUGAACUGACCAUCCAGAUUUAAAAGUAGUUUCCUUCAAAUUAUAUUUUUUGUUCUUAUUGUAUUACCAUUAUUUCAUUGAAAUAUAAAUGAAUUUAUAUUGA